GGAAAGGAGGAGGGACAUUACUGGAUCAUAUAGCCUGGGUUUGUAGCAUCCCUGUAGCUCCUCAAGUCUUGUCUUUGAAUAAAAUGCUAUGAAAGAAAACCAGAAAACAGCCGAGAAGAAACGAGAUGUGAUUUUGUACAGAGGGAGAAAAUAUGGUGAAUGCAGGGGCCUAGAAGGGGAAAACCUUUCAAUUUACAGCCUCUCAGCUGCUCUGUUCUAGCUGAGGAACGAAGGAGGAGGGGUGAAAGGAAAAAUUGCUCUCCUUUUUUCCAUCGGCUGCCUGGAAAACCUUGGAAGGACAUCAGCCGUGGCCACAUUUCUUCAUGAACAGCGUCGAACCUCGUUCCUGCCUCCUGCCUCCAGCCCCCACAUCCACAAACGAACAUACACACGGAUCCUAACGGUUGUAAUGUGGAAGGAAGCUUGCGGUUUGCCAACUGUAUCUUAAAAGCUCACACAUCCAUAUGUCAUCCACAGGGAUUCUUGCAGGAGUUCAGGAUCACCUGAGCGUCAUGGCCGAGGCCUGCUGGAGGACUGAAUCCCUGUAGGGUUGCCUUCAAAGCACACUCGGCUCACCCGGCAUCCUGCAAGAACCAUGUCUCUGACCACCACCAAACCCGAUAUGUUCACCUCCACCCAAACCCUGAACCCGUUCCCAGCCCCUACACUCCCCCUCACCACCAUCAAUCCCUUACUCACAAGUUCAGCAGAGCCCAGAACUGAGCCAGAGAAUGUGACGUUCAGGACCACCUUCCGCUCUGUCACGACGACGUCCGCCAACGAGACCGGCCUGAACUCCACGCAGCUGCCCGUGGCGUCGGUGGAGGGUGCUGGGAUGGGGAUGGUGCUCGUGCCCUUUGGCAUCAUCACAGUCAUCGGGCUGGCUGUUGUCGUGCUUCUGUACAUCAGGAAAAAGAAAAGGCUGGAGAAACUGAGACACCAGCUGAUGCCCAUGUAUAACUUUGAUCCAGCUGAAGAACAGGAUGAUCUAGAGCAGGAACUCUUGGACCACGGACGAGACGGAAGCCCAGCAGGACCAAACUCCAAAACACUGACCACAAGUCAGGGAACAACUCAAAAACCCAGUCGACUUGUUUUCACUGACGUGGCUGAUGCCAUUAAUGCAUGAUGCACAGGA